AUGCUAUCAGACACUGGAAGGCCUGGAUUUAGCUACUUUCUAAAUACUCCUUGCGAAGAUUGGGAUGUUCUUCAAUACCAUAAGGCAUGGAAAGCUGCCAAACUUACUAUGGAUAAAGCUUCUCUUCGUUACAUUCAUGCAGCUACCCAUGGGACUACGUCUCCGCAUGGUUAUGGACCACGCCUCCGCUGCAGGCUGUAG